AGUCCAGCCUAUAGUAGCCUAGCGGCGCUCUCCUGUCUCCUCUCCAUACCAUCUGUCAUUAGUUACCUAUAUCUUCGAAAUUAAUACAUUUUUACCGUUUCUUCUCCAGACGCAUAUAGGAAACAUCUCCAAUGGUGUCGCCUCUGAAAGUGUGCAUUGUCGGCUCUGGAAACUGGGGUUCAGCCAUUGCCAGGAUAAUUGGCAGUAAUGCUCAGACCCUGCAGCGCUUCGCCACCACAGUCAAGAUGUGGGUGUUUGAGGAGAACGUGAACGGCAGGAAUCUCACAGACAUCAUCAACACAGACCAUGAGAAUGUCAAGUACCUGCCUGGAUACAAACUGCCUGACAAUGUGGUGGCUGUACCCCAGCUCCAGGAUGCUGCUGAGGGGGCUGACCUCCUAGUGUUUGUGGUUCCUCACCAGUUCAUCAGGAAGCUGUGUGAUGAGAUGGUAGGCUGUGUCUCCUCUCAGGCCAGGGGAAUCACACUCAUUAAGGGAAUAGACGAGGGUCCGGAGGGCCUGAAGCUCAUCUCUGACAUAAUCAGGGAGAAGAUGGCUAUAGACGUCAGUGUUCUAAUGGGAGCUAACAUCGCCAACGAGGUGGCAGCAGAGAAGUUCUGUGAGACCACCAUCGGCUGUAAGAUCAUGGAGAACGGCCUGCUCUUCAAGGAGCUCCUGCAGACUCCUAACUUCAGGAUCACAGUGGUGGACGACGCAGACACUGUAGAGCUUUGUGGAGCACUGAAGAACAUCGUAGCGGUAGGAGCAGGGUUCUGUGAUGGGCUGAGGUGUGGUGACAACACCAAGGCAGCAGUAAUCAGACUAGGGCUGAUGGAGAUGAUAGCCUUCGCUAAGCUCUUCAGUAAAGAUGGCGUCGUCUCCUCUGCAACUUUCCUGGAGAGCUGCGGCGUGGCUGACCUCAUCACGACCUGCUAUGGAGGACGCAACCGACGCGUGGCCGAGGCAUUCGCCAAGACAGGAAAGACUAUUGAGGUGCUGGAGCAGGAGAUGUUGAAUGGACAGAAGCUCCAGGGUCCUGCUACCUCAGCUGAAGUCUACCACAUCCUCAAACAGAAGGGACUGGUGGACAAGUUCCCUCUGUUUGGGGCAGUGUAUCAGAUCUGUUUCGAGGGCAAGCCGGUACAGGAAAUGAUCUCCUGUCUACAGAGUCACCCAGAGCACCUGUUCGACUGCCAGGGACUUCGCCUGAGUGCCAGUCUGUUUGUGGCAUCAUGCCAAAUCCUUGUCACUCAUUGUCAUGGCAAUGACAGCAAUGGAGUUGGCAAGAGCACCAACAGAUCAGGUUACCAUUUGGAUUUUAAUGUAUUUUCGAAGGAGCAUGUUCCACUACUUUAGAAGUGUAUAUACAUACAGUAUGUAGUCAGCCUACUUAUGAAUGAUCAGCAUUCAGUAGAUGAUUAGACAGACCAACACAUUACAGCCAAAGGUUAUGGAGUGUGGUUACUUGAUAUUAACUUUGCCUUUUAUUUUGCUUGUGAUUGUAACCUCAAAUCCAUCCUUCUUAUCAGUUUAACUAACUAGGUAACUAAAUCAGUCCUCUGUGAUUUAUCAUCCUGGUAACUAAAUCAGUCCUCUGUGAUUUGAAGGGCGACAUGUUCUCGUAAGGUUUAAAUGUAAAAUGUAACACUAUUUUCUUUGGGAAUAAAAAUGUAUGUCUCUGUUUUCACU